AUGAACGAGGGGUUUCCUUUGAAUCUUCCUCGCACUUCACAAAACGAGGAGGUUUAUGCAAACUGCAUCCGCAGCUAUCUUGCUGAAAUUAAAACUCUGAAAUUCCAAUUAGAGCAAGAAACAUCUCGAAAUGAUGAAUUGAAGCAAACGUUACUAGUUCAAAAACAAACAAAAAACAAUUUAUCAGCUCGAGUUUCAUCUCUAGAGUCAGCAAAUCGUAAUUUGAUUGCUCAAAUUAACGAGUUACAAAAACAAACAAUUGAAUUUCAACAAGCAUCGAAUGAUUUAGUAAAAUACGAAGCUUUACUUAAAAAAUACAAAUUAGAUAAUUCAGAUCUUAAAAGACAUAUUGAUGAUCUCACUCAAGAAAAUAACGAUUCAAUCGAAAAUAAUAAAAGACUUGAGCAAAAGAAUCAAGUUCUCAAACUCAAAUUUGAUGAGCUUAGAGAGUCUUAUGAUAAGCUUGAAUCCCAAGUUUCUCGACAAAAUCAGAAAAUCGUCGAAAAUCAACAAAGCUACGAUGAUAUUACUAAGAAAUAUGUAGACAAAAAGCAAAAAGUAGAAAAACUAAAGAAAGAUGCAUCUAAAUUAGACGAUAAAAUACAAGAACUUACAAAUUCGAAUUUACAACUUAAAUCUCGCAUUGAAUCUCUUGAAACAUCGAAGCAUGAUGAUCAAAUAUUGCAUGCAGAAGAAAUUACAAACUUAUCUAAAACAGUAUUCAACAAAGAUGAAGAGAUUAAAUCACUCAAAAAUCAACUUCAAAAAAUUGAUGAACAAAAAAUUGUUAUUAAUGAUUUAUCUGAUCGUUUAAAGAAAUCACAGCAAAGAUCACAAUCACUAACAGAUGCUCUUAAACAUUCCCAAGAACAACUGUCUACCAUGCAACAAUCAUCUAUUCGAGAAAUGGAUGAAAUUAGAAGAGAUCUUGAAAACAGAGAAGCAAAAAGUUUAAAGACAAUAGAAAAACUUACAAACAGAUUAAGUGAUGCAGAAGGAAGGCUUCGAAUUAGAGAAGCAGAAUUAGAAGAUUCAAGACAACAACUUGCUGAUGCGAGAUCUCAAUUUACUGAAACACUUUCUUUGAGACAUUCCACACAUAAACAACAAUUAAAGUAUUUAGGUGAGAAACUUGAGAAAAGUCAAGGAUUGUGCAAAGAAUUAGCAACGCAACUUGGCGGAUCUCCUACAAAAACAGAGUAUAAUGCUGCCUUAGAUCGUGUUUCAGAAUAUCAAUCAAGAAUCGCUAUUUUAGAAGAAAAAGUUGAGAACUUAGAAGAAGAAAAUGAUAAUUUGAAGCGACGAAACAAUGUUUUAGAAACAGAGAAUCGCCAACUUCGAGAAAAAACAAAUGAUUAUUUGUCAAGAGUCGAGAAAGCAGAAAAGAGACUUGAUGAGAUGAAAUCAGCAAACAAGAAAUUCCAAGCUAAUGAGCGAAGGGCAUCCGAUCUUCUUUCACAAACAUUAGGAUUAAUGGAGAGGAAACAGAAAGAACUUCAAGAGACUAAAAGAGAACUUAAGAAUUUGAAGGCAAGUACAGAAUAUAGUUUGGCAUCAUCACGAUCUAGUAAUUAUGAUGUUCGCAAAGAAAACGAAGAACAAAUCCGAUCAUUACGAAUAGAAAAUCAUGAAUUAAAACAACAAAUCAAAGAUUUCCAAGAUCAAAAAUCAUUCAUUGAUGAAUUAAAAUCUAAGUUAGGUUCAUUUUCAUCUGACAUCAACUUAUCUUCAGAUUAA